UGCUCUGUUUUCCUUUGCAGCAGGAGGCAGCAGCAGCAGCAGCAGCAGGAGGAGGGGGCUGCCCUGGCCCUUUGCUCUGCGGCGCAGCCGGGCCGCUGCCCAGGCGCCAGGGCAGGUGGUCUCCGGCUGCAGCAGGGCGCUGUUUGGCCAGCCCCUGGCAGCCCUCUGCGGGGAGGACGGCACACUGCCCCAGCCCAUCCAGGAGCUGCUUGCUGUUCUAUAUCGGGAAGGACCAUCGACGGAAGGGAUAUUUCGCAGAGCCGCCAGCGGAACAGCGCUUCGGGAGCUGCGCGAGGCCCUGGACCGUGGCCUGGACACCGACAUGGGAAGCCAACCUGCAGAUCUGUUGGCCGUCGUCUUGAAGGACUUCCUCAGAAACAUCCCCUCUAAGCUCCUCGUGGAAGACCUGUAUGAGGAGUGGAUGGCAGCCAUACAGAAGACCAGCACAGAGGAGAAGAUAGCGGAGCUGAAAGUGGUGGCAAAGAAGUUGCCAGCGGCCAAUCUCCUGCUCCUGAAGGAGCUGCUGUCCGUCCUGCAGCACAUUGGCCACAACGCUGACACCAGCAAGAUGACCUUUAACAACCUGGCCAUCUGCGUUGGGCCCAAUCUGCUGAGCCCACCCAAGGAGGAGCUGCUGCCGCUGGACGCCCUGCUGGAGGUCACACAGAAGGUGAACAUGCUGACAGAGCUUCUGAUGGAGAACUUCAGUGACAUCUUUGGCGAGGAGACAGCUGGUCUCUCCUGUAUAUCGGCAAAGGAAUCACCAGCACCUAUGGAAAGAUCCACAGAUGGUCAUUUGGAAGAGCAAAGUGGCCCCGCAGGCAGAGAAGACGAGAACCAUCAGGUACCUCCAUCUUCGACUGCAAUGACCUCCAACAGUGCAACAGAGCCCCUAGAGAAGCUGGAGGAGCCGAGGAGCCCUUCAGAGGAAGGAAGGUUUGCAGGCUCUCCUAAGGACAAGGAAAAGGAAAGAAAGAGGAAGAGGAAACUGGUCUGGAGAGAGGAAGAUGAUAGCCAGAUGGAGAAGAAGAGGAAGAAGAGAGGAAAUGUUUUGGGGGACAGAGCAAGAAGAUACAGGAAGGUGCAGAGGUUCAGGAAGCCCAGGUCCCGUUUUUCUGUUAAGCGUUGAAUCCCUGUGAUUCAUGGUGUUGAUGUUUGGAAUAAAGUGUUUUGGAAGAUAAAAGAAAGUGUUUUUUAAAUGUUGAUGUUCACAAUAAAGGGUUUUUUUCCUCUGUUC